UUUACCGUUUUCGAUAGAAGUGAAAGAACUUAAAAUUUUUUAUAAUAACCUUUUCGUGCCGGAAUUUAUUUUGACGAAUUAAAAAAAGCAAAACUGUAUCAUGUUAACACUCAAAUAAUUUUCAUAUAAUUUCUGAAAAUUAUAUAUCAAUUGGAAACAGAUAGAAUUUAGUUUUUAAAAAUUAAAAUAAGAAAUAUUAUGGCUGACUUUCACACUCACGAUUAUAUAAGGGAAGAAGAUUUUUCGAGAUUUCAAAACAGUUAUAAUGCUGAAUUACGCUCAGGAAAAGUUAGUCCCGAAACACAAUUUCAAUAUGGUUGGUGUUUAAUAAAAAGUCAAUAUAAAGAUGAUAUUCGGAAAGGAAUUAAACUACUUGAAGCUCUUUGCGCUACAAAUAUGGAUUCUAGAGAUUUUCUUUAUUUUAUUGCUUUGGGUUAUUACAAAUUAUCAGAAUAUGAUAAAGCAUUACGAUUUGUAAAGAGGCUUUUAAAUAUCGAACCCAACAAUGCCCAAGCUAAAGAGUUGGAAAAAUCAAUAGAAAGCAAAAUGAAGUCUGAUGGUGUUAUGGGUAUCGCGAUGGUUGGAGGCGCUGCUAUUGCAGCAGUUGGAGGAAUCGUACUUGGUUUAUUGCUGGCAAAACGUCGUUGAUGUGUUAUGUUUGAUUACAAAUAAACAUUAUGUUGAGACACGUGUUUAGCAUCACGUGUUCAGCAUAUAUUAACAAAAAGAAAAGUGAUAGCAGCAUAUGUUGAUACUUUAUGCUGUGAUAAAGGGAUAGGACAUUCUUUUUCUUCAAAGUUCUUAUUUUCAAAAAUAUGUUUUGUUAUUUAUAAUUAAUGAGUUUUUUUUUUGUUUUUUUUUCUGCUUUACUUUCAGAGGCAAGUUCCAUAGAACAAAAAAAAGAAACCAAAAAAUGUAAAUUUUAUGCUUACUGUUUUUUUAAAAAACCUAUCAUAAUACAUAAACACAGUAUGAUUCUGAAUGUAAAAUUGUACCAAAUAUAUUUUUAUAUCGAAAAGUCAUUUUUUUUUUUUUUUUCUUUGAAUUUUAUUAAAAUAGUAAUAUAUGACGCUAUGGAAAACUAUGAGAUCCAUUUUGUUCAAAAAAAUAUUUUAUUUUAAAUAUUUAAAAAAAACUAUUUAAUUUUACAUAUUUUAAGUAGUUUAUUUGUGAAUUGUUAAUAAUGUCGAAUUGUUGUUCA